UUCAAGCAAAGUCGCCUGGUUAUGAAAGAGACGUGAGCUAGUUGUCUCUUUAUUAGCCUUUUGCUUAUGACAUAAGUGGAGGUUUAUCUUUGUGUGUACUAGAUCGUAUGGGUUACACACCGCGGUUUUUUUUAAUCGUUUAAAUUCGUUGAUUUAUUCGCACAUAGUCCACACAAGUCUAUCGUGAUAUGGUAACAAAAUACAAUUGUGUUGCUUCGUUUAAACGUUUAAUCAUUAAAUCGGUACAUUUUUAAAAACAGUUUCUCAAUGCCAUGUUUUAGUAUAUGCGUGAGAAUUCUGUGUGUUAUAGAGUUGCAAACUCCUUUUUGAAUUCAUACACAAGCAUAUUUUCGUUGCAAUACUUUGUCAGUUGAGGGAUAUAGUACCGUGCUUGUUUAAGUUGCAAAUGCAGAUUGUUUUUCAUUCUGUGUUAUUGUCUAGUUAGUUAGACCUGCACCCUAACCCAAUCAGUAAUAUUGUUACUGCAUUUGGUUCAUAAUAUUGUUAUUAUUAUUACUUAGUGAAAACUGAUGCUGCUUAUCAGCCCCUGCCGUUUCCAAGCUCUGUGUCGGCACUUGCUGACCAAACGAGUGGACCAGUGCUGGAGACACGUGGCUUUGGUUCCACCUGGGGAGAGCAGUCAAAGGGACAAUGACAAAGGGACUCCCCAGAACUCAGAGACAGCACUUCAGAAGCCCAACGCCCAACCAUGGAGUGGUCUGCAGGGGGGGAGGAGGCGGAGAGCGUGGGAGAGAUCCCUGUCUCCCCUGGAGAGAAUUAGCCAGCUUCUGCCCCAGGACUCCCUGACAGAGGAUGUUCUGCAUCUCCGGGUGAAACCCCAGGAGGAGCAGAGCGAUCAGGAGGGGUCCCUAACUCCAGAGGCUCCUGCUGCUAAACCUAGAAGAUCCUUUGAUUCCUCUGAGCCAUGCAGCCCCUGCAGUGCUCCCAUCAGUGCCCCCUCGCCCCGGGAGGUGCCCUUCAAGCCAGGGGACCUGGUCCUGGCAGAGUUCCGCAAGAAGCAGCGCCUAGAGUUCAUGAAGAUGUUCAGCCUGAACCCAGAGGGGAAGCUGGAUAGUAACUGGGGGCUAGUCCAUCACCGGGACAUCGUGGGCAGGCUGCCCGGCCAGGUGCUCCGGACCACCACCGGCUUCAGAUUCCUGAUGAGGCGCCCCGCGCUGGACGAGUUUGUGCUGCUGAUGAAGAGGGGGCCCACCAUCUCAUACCCCAAGGAUGUGAAUGCCAUGCUGAUGAUGAUGGAUGUCAGUGAGGGAGACUGGGUGCUGGAGACGGGUUCAGGGUCUGGAGCCAUGACACUCUUUCUGUCCAGAGCAGUGGGCUCGAGGGGGCGCGUGGUCAGUUUUGAGGUCCGCUCGGACCACCAUGGCAGAGCGGUGAGAAACUUCCAGCGCUGGCGGUCGGCCUGGGAGGUGGCUCAUGGGGAGGAGUGGCCUGACAAUGUGGCCUUCAUCAACAAAGACGUGAGCAGCGCAGCCUCCGACAUCUCAGAAGUCAUCUUCGACUCGGUAGCUCUUGACAUGCUCAAUCCCCAGGUGGCCCUACCUGUUGUGCACCAGCACCUCAAACACGGAGCAGUGUGCGCUGUGUACCUGGCAAAUAUAACUCAGGUGGUGGACCUACUGGAAGGGGUGCGGCAGUGUCAGCUGCCCUUCUUCUGUGAGAAGGUGACCGAGGUGACGGACAGACACUGGCUGGUGACCCCAGCUCUAAAGAAGGAUGGGAGCAACGCACCCAGGGUACCGCCAGCAGGGGUCAGUCAAGAGAGGGAGCCAGGGAGCAAUGGUCAGGAACAGCUAGAGGACCCCAGUGACCAGGAGGAAGGACUGUUGGAAAUGAAGGUUAGCAGACCCUUUGGAACGGUACCUUAUAUUGCCCGUCCACAUCACGGGCACGGCAGCCACACAGCUUUCCUGGUCAAGCUGAGGAAAUUCCUGCCUGCAUAGCAACAUCUCCUCCACAGAUGUGACAAAAAUGAUGGUCAAUAACAAUGA